AAUGAGAGAAAAUGGAGCUUUGUACCAUUUGAUGGGUCCCGUUCACAGUUCUCACUCCUAGGAAAGUUUAUAAACCAUGCAACUCAGCGUCGCACACGUAAGCCGCUCCAGCAGCAGCACAAGCACAGACAAACUUCCCACUCUCACUCUCUUAUAAGAUUCGUAAGAUCAGUUUUCCAUUUCUGUUUUCCUCCUUGGCACUUGAGCCAUUAACCCUUCCCUCUCUCUGCAAACCCUAGAUAUGGCUUACUCUCUCUCAGGAAUCCGUCUUCCUACUGUCCAUACAGCUUGUAUUUCGAAUCGAUCAAGCAACCAUGGCGAACGAAAGAGUGUGAACUUUUCUCUCCUUGCGAGGAAAGAUUCCUCUCCUUGGAAGAUUUUUGCUGGAAAGUCUUCUCAUGAUUCUGAUUCUUCUUCAACGGCUACUGCUACUGAGAAAAUCCUCGUCCCUGGAGGCAAGGCUGAUGUCUCAUCUUCCUCUAUGGAUUCGGUGGAAACUCCUGAAGCUGUUUCAGAAGACUCCCAGGUAUGCAAAGAAGUAGCUGCUACACCCAAGGAAGAUGUGAUUCAUAGUGAACAGUAUAAUGUUGAUGAUGAACAACAUUCGGUUCCGGUAAAAGUUGUGGACAACAACAAUAAGGUUGAGGGUGCUCCUUUAGAAGUCCAGGAAAGUGAUGGAAAGUCCAAGGCCAAACUAAGAUCUAUUCCUCCACCUGGCACUGGGGAAAGAAUAUAUGAAAUAGAUCCAAUGUUGGAAGGUCACAGAAAUCAUCUUGAUUAUCGCUAUGGGCAUUACAAGAAAAUGCGUGAGUUGAUCGACAAGUAUGAAGGUGGAUUGGAAGCAUUUUCUCGUGGGUAUGAGAAGUUUGGAUUCCAUCGAAGUUCCACAGGUAUAACUUAUAGAGAGUGGGCACCUGGUGCUAAGGGGGCAGCAUUGAUAGGAGAUUUCAACAAUUGGAAUCCCAAUUCAGAUGUUAUGACUCGGAAUGAAUUUGGUGUCUGGGAGAUCUUUCUGCCAAACAAUGCUGAUGGUUCACCUGCAAUUUCUCACGGCUCUCAAGUUAAGAUUCGUAUGGAUACUCCAUCUGGUAUCAAAGAUUCUAUUCCUGCUUGGAUCAAGUUCUCUGUACAAGCACCAGGUGAAAUUCCUUACGAUGGCAUAUACUAUGAUCCUCCAGAAGAGGAGAAGUACGUUUUUAAACAUCCUCAACUGAAGAGACCUAAAUCACUUCGGAUAUAUGAAUCACAUGUUGGAAUGAGUAGCAUGGAGCCUUUGAUCAACACAUAUGCCAAUUUUAGAGAUGAUGUACUCCCUCGCAUUAAAAGGCUUGGAUACAAUGCAGUUCAGAUUAUGGCUAUUCAAGAGCAUUCAUAUUAUGCUAGCUUUGGGUACCAUGUCACCAACUUUUUUGCCCCUAGUAGCCGUUUUGGAACUCCAGAUGAUCUCAAGUCUUUGAUAGACAAAGCUCACGAGCUUGGUCUGCUUGUUCUUAUGGAUAUUGUUCACAGCCAUGCCUCAAGCAAUGUAUUGGAUGGCUUAAACAAGUUCGAUGGGACUGACAGUCACUACUUCCACUCUGGAGCACGAGGUUAUCAUUGGAUGUGGGAUUCUCGCCUUUUCAACUAUGGAAACUGGGAAGUACUAAGGUUUCUUCUUUCAAAUGCAAGAUGGUGGUUAGAAGAAUACAAGUUUGAUGGUUUUAGAUUCGAUGGUGUGACCUCAAUGAUGUAUACUCACCAUGGAUUGCAGGUAGCAUUUACUGGAAAUUAUAAUGAGUAUUUUGGGUUAGCAACUGAUGUAGACGCCGUAGUUUAUUUGAUGCUGGUAAAUGAUCUUAUUCAUGGGCUCUUUCCUGAGGCUGUUACUGUCGGUGAAGAUGUUAGUGGAAUGCCAACAUUCUGUAUUCCUGUCCAAGAUGGUGGUGUGGGAUUUGAUUAUCGUCUGCAUAUGGCCAUUGCUGAUAAAUGGAUUGAAGUUCUUCAGAAAAAGGACGAGGAUUGGGGCAUGGGUGACAUUGUUCACACACUUACCAAUAAAAGAUGGUCGGAAAAAUGUGUCGCUUAUGCUGAAAGUCAUGAUCAAGCUUUAGUCGGUGACAAAACUACUGCAUUCUGGUUAAUGGACAAGGACAUGUAUGAUUUCAUGGCUUUGGAUGGACCGUCAACUCCUGUGAUAGAUCGGGGAAUAGCACUGCACAAAAUGAUCAGGCUAAUCACUAUGGGUUUAGGUGGAGAAGGAUAUUUGAACUUCAUGGGAAAUGAAUUUGGGCAUCCGGAAUGGAUAGAUUUUCCAAGGGGCGAUCAACAUCUUGCUGAUGGGAAAGUAAUCCCUGGAAAUAAUGACAGCUAUGAUAAAUGCCGGCGUAGAUUUGACCUUGGGGAUGCUGAAUAUCUAAGAUAUCAUGGAAUGCAAGAGUUUGAUCGGGCAAUGCAACAUCUGGAGGAGAAAUAUGGUUUCAUGACUUCGGGUCACCAGUAUAUAUCACGGAAAGAUGAAGGAGAUAGGACAAUUGUCUUUGAGCGUGGGAAUUUAGUCUUUGUUUUCAAUUUUCAUUGGAAUAAUAGUUAUUCAGAUUUUCGGAUCGGUUGCUUAAAGCCAGGAAAGUAUAAGGUGGUCUUGGAUUCAGAUGACAAGCUAUUUGGUGGCUUUGAUAGAAUCGAUCACAGGGCAGAAUAUUUUACCACGGAAAUGCGGUACGAUGAUCGGCCCGAGUCAUUUUUGGUGUAUGCCCCAAGUAGAACAGCAGUUGUCUAUGCUUUGGUAGAGGAUUAAGCAAAAGGCAGUGGAGGUUUGAUGCAAUGGUUACUCAUUAUAUAAUGCGAGACCCCCACUUGGAGUAACAUUUCUGAACCUUAUGACCGCAAAAUUGACAUGCAAAUUGGAGCAUUGCUGUCUCUUGGCCUUAUAGACUUUGUUCCAUGGCUCGCAGAUUGAGUAAUAUUGGAGAGGCAAUAAAGUAGUAACCACUGAUAACCAGAGUACAACCCAGAAACUUGGUGCUUAACCUAGAAACUGUAGGGAUUCUUGAAUUUUGUAUAUCUGCGAUCUUUAUUACGAUAUAAAUUAAGGCCUUUCAGGAAGACGCUCUGUGUAUCUCCGGUGAAUGUAUAGCAUGUUGCAAAAUAAAUGGAUGUUAUUUACUCAUUAUAGCAAAUGAGUGAUACCGCUAGAUUUUACUUGCUGCAA